AUGGACCCCUUUCCACAUUUCACACCGCGCCGUCAAGUCAGACGAAGCGACGAUGUAUCUGCAUACGAGCCUUUUGACACCAGCCAAGAGCACCCUGGACUUGGUAGGCCCAUGGAGAGACAACUUUGUGACGUCUCAGAGAUUGCCGCACUGCUAGCGUGCUUUGGCUGCAGCAUCACUGGCUUGAUCUGUUCUUUCCAUCCAGCGACGGCAGCAUAUCUGGGACAAAAGUAUCAGCUUAUCAUCGUUGGCUUGAUGCUGUCUCUUAUGUACCUUUGCACCAGCAAAUUGACAACAAUUGUGUUUCUGCAACUCGAAACAAGAUGGGCGAGUCUCCUCCAGAACUACGAUUCGAUUAUUAAGCGAAGUGUUUUGGGUAGUCUUCUGAACAGGCAACAAGCAAGCCAACGAUGGACAUUACUUCUAGCGUCAUCUCUCGCUUUCCCACUCCUUCUCAGCGUUAGUUACAAGACAUUCGUUGGCGGCAAGAUCACCACCGUACUACACACAAGUGGGGGAGACUAUGGGCUUACCGGCCCUGGCGGUCUUGCUAAUUUUUCUGCCGGCUCUUCUCUCAUGAUCAACGCGACAAUCCCAUUCAUGUCCACCCACGCCACAGAGCUACCCUUGCCACCCCACCCAUUCGGGUUCAACAUGUUGUUGUUGGAAAACAGCUCAGUCGCCAUGCUCGAUGCACCGAGUUCAUCUUACAUCAAUGCUAUACGAGAAAACCUUCACAGCGGGCAGCCAUAUACUGUGGCGGCGGAAGUCAAGGCUCUAGCAUGGCACCUGGACCCCGAAGUUGAUCAACAUCGGAAUGAUGAAAGCUGGUGGAAUCAGUUUUACGAUAAAGGUUCGGCUAAGGAACCCGUGUACAUCUCUCUUUAUAAGUGGCAUAAGUGGCAUAAGUGGCAUAAGUGGCUGUCGACUCUGUGGAAGGACGAUCAGAUCUCGGACUUUUUUGUUCUUCUUACUCCCCAUGAGAAAGACAGAAAGGUGAGGCCGACGAAGGAGAGGUUUCAAAAGGAAGCACUUAAGUUCGCUAGCCAACAUCUCAUUUGUGAUGGCAAAUGGAGGAUCACUCGCAGCACCGUCGAUCUUAUCGCGGGUGACUGCACUAGAAGAUUCGAUACACAGCUCCCUUCCGGCUGCAUAGCUUUACACCUCAACGACGCUGUAUUCCUGCUUGGAGACUUUCUUGGUGAAUUGGAAACAGGGAAACUUGACGAAAAAGGCAAGGUUCGUCUUACAGCUGUUGUUUCGUCGUUAUUCUGGUCUCGACUUGCUGCGUACUGUGGCAUUGAUUCUCCAACAAAUCACUUGUCGCGGGAUGACCUAGCUCAGUUCAAGUAUCAUAGGGCAGACCAAGCCUGGAAGACAGGUGUCGUGCUCAAACGCAGCCCUCUUCUGGCACUCGUUCUUCUGGCUCACCCGAUCGUUGCCUUGGCACUCCUUAUCGUCCGCAUUUCUUUUUGUUCGGCAUCUGUAUCCGGUGGGUUUGGUCUCAUCAGUGUCUUAGCGGGCCAUAGGUCCAAUGAAGGGGAUAUCUUAAGCGGAGCAGGGUUAUCUGGGGAUGCAAAGGAUGCCAUUGAGCUGUCCUUCGACACACGCGGCGGGGCGUGUGAUUACGGAGGUGAAAGACUAGGGUUUCAGCUGAGGAAGGCAACAAACCUAAGGCAUCGAGAUCAAAGGAAACUGGUACCUAAAGUCAAGUAUCACUGA